AUGACUUCAGGUUGCCAUCAGAGGCUAUCCACACAGCCAGAUUUGUUGAGACUCUUUGACAGCCUAAAUACUUCACAGAAGCGGGGAAAGUCUCCGUAUGCAUCUGCAAUUUGUGCAGGAUCUGUGCAUGAAGAGUUUUUGGAAGAGUGUAUUGCAGUUUUCGAAAACAUCGAAGUUCUAGGCUGUGCGCGGCAGCCUCUUUGCAUCCGUGGCUUCUGCCAAACUAUGAGGCCAGUGCUGCUGUUAUGGAACCACCUGGCCUCUCGCUAUGGUUUGACAUACCUCCUUACCAGGCACCUGAACCAGGAUUCACUUGAAAACACCUUUGCUAUUGUUAGGUCGAAAUCUGGAUCGAACAGCAACUCGUCUUGCCGGCAGUUUCAAGCAGCAUUUAGGCAUCUUUUAGUUAGCAACCUUUUCAAACUGUCGGAAAGCAGCAACUGUGCUGAAGACAUGUCUAGCCUUCUAGCCACUCUCCCAGUUUGUUUAUCUAAGUCUGCUCCUUCUCUCUGUACAGCUGCCACAUCUUUGCCAGUUGCAGUAGAAGUUUUGCCAUAUGAUUAUCAGUCUCCAAUACUAGAGAACAACAUUGUCUAUUUUGCUGGCUGGCUUGCCUACAAGUUUAUGAAUGAUCACAGGUGUGUUACAGGGCCACAUACGUGCGAGGUGAGGCUAGAAAAUGCCGCCUUUGCCGAUCAGAGCCAAGUUCUCUUGUACUUAAGUGUCAAAAAUCCUGGAGAAGGUGACUUUGGGAGCCUGUCAGUUCCUACACCCUCGUUUGUAGCUUUCAUCAAUGCUUGCGAGCAGGUUUUUGUCGCAUCUAGUUCCAAUAUUGUGGGAAAAGAACAAGUAGGGCAUGAUCUGUGCAUGUUGCUUCAUGCUAAGGUAGAAAAAUCGCUGACUGUGUGUGGUGAUGACGUUAAUGUUGGUUUGUUUGCCCUGUUCGUCAGGGUGAGGCUGCAUUGGCUUGCACGCAGAAAAAAUCUUGAACUGCACAGUCAAACUACUAAACGGAAAGCCACGAAGCAAGCAGUGAGGCUAAGCAAAUGAAAAGGAUGCAAUUCCCGAGCUGUUGGCUGAAUAUUUUGUGAAGUUGCAGGCUAUUAUGCAGCCUGUGCAACAAAUCAGCUUAGUCUGGUUUAACGGUUGCAAAGGGUUUUUUUCUGGUUCACAGCCUGGUUUUAUUCUUUUAUUUUUUACUUGUGUAUUUUGAUUUGCUAGGAUGUGACGUGGUUGCUCACAGGGGCAAUGGUUUAACAAUGUAGUAGCAUCUUUCAUCGUUCAUUCCACUAUGUCACUCUUUUAGGGUACUUUUAUGCCAUGUACAGCCUGUUCAAGUGUCACCUAUGUACUUGUGCAACAUUGUCAGAUAAAACGCCAUACCGAUAAAGCGAAUGCCUCUGAAAGGAGACUUUCUAGGCAAUGGAUUAACCUAGUUUCCGUGGCGCUGGGAUUAAUUUUUCCACCUGCUCGCCCCCCCUGCAGUUCCGUGCUGGCAGGUAUAAUGAAAUCAACCAUUGUCAUCAUAACUACCACUCGGCACCACUGGCUACCAGGCCACCUUUUAGCAGGCUAGUUGCAUCUCAGAGUUUUUAGUAGGAUCUUUGUCAGCGCAACGAACAGAACAGCGCUGGACUUUUAUCUGGUUAUAUUGUAGCGUACAGUACACUGAUUACAUGCUUUACUGCCCCGCGAAUGUCCUUGCACUUCACUGUACGCUGUACUUCAUGUGUACUUUUGUUGACGUAAAAUUACUUCAAAUUGAUCCGGCUAACGACUAGAAGUACUCUGGAGAUGGUACGCCGGCUCAAUGUAUGGUAUUUGUUCCUACGUUGAGCACGUUUGAGGGUGCUAAAGCUGGCUUUAACAUUGCCUUGCAGAUGUAAACGCACCUGCUAUAUUCUUUCAGCUGAAGAAAUUAAAUGUGAAGAAUAAUCCCAGUGUGCUCUAUGGUCUGUGUUGAUGCGCCUACUUAUGUCAUGUUAUGUUUGCUUCAAUUGAAGCUGUCGUAGCAUUGUUUUCUAUACUUUUCAAUUUCCUAACUGACAACGUUCGUGGCACUUCAGGGCUUUUUCCUAUCUGCACUGUGACUAUUGAGAUGAUUAGCCAACUUAAACAAUACUGCUUGUGCUGCCUGUGACAUGUAUUUUUUGUUUGUGUGCCAAGGGUGUGCUUUGAGACUGUAUUUGUUUGGU